AUGUUUCAGAUAUUAUUCGUAACAAUAUUCAGUGCUUGCAAUGCGCAUACGCAGCAUGAGAAGAGAAGUGCUUCUGGAUGGAAUGGAUUUAUACCGGGACUAGUUCAGGUCUCCGGGGUGCCAUCGAUGAACACUGGCUGGUCGUCGGACUCUAGUUCAGAUGUAGCUGGUGCUAUAGCGGCUGCAAAAGCAGCUUCUGCAGCAGUGAUGGCAGCACAGAAACAAGUCGCUGCUGCUAAGCAUGCAGCAUUAGAACAACAGAGUGCGGCAAGUGCUAAGGAGGCGGAAGCUGCACAAGCCGCUCAUAAGAGCGAGGAAGCCGCUAGAGCAGCUCGAGCUUUAGCUUUAGAGUCCGCACAAGCCGCAGUCCACGCGCAAGCACAGCUUGCAGCAGCUAAAGCGCGUGCCGCCGCCGCACAGAAGAUAGCGGCAGCUCGUGAAGCCGCCGCGGCCAUGGCUAUACAACGUGCCGCGCAAAAUCAAGCUGCUAAGUUGCAGAAUGCUGAUCUGGAAGCACUAAAGCUCUCAGUGAUCCAGAGUUCAGGCGCGGCUGGCGCGGCCGGCGCGGCGCAGCACGCGGCCACCGCCGCCGCAGCCGCCCUCCGCCCCGGCUGGACGCCCACAUGGAAAGCAUGGACUUGGUCG